AUGGACGAGAACUCAAACUAUCUCGAGCCGAAACUGCAUCAGAAUGAGGUUUGUAGUAUGUCAAAAAAUUCACAAAAAAGACCUUCAGGUCGUCAUUGAACCCGUAGAGACAGUGGAAAAUGUAACGGAUUUUGUUAAAAGUGAGUUAUCUUGGAAUAUUUUCUCGCGUGUCCAUUUAUCUAUCAAAAUAACAUUUCUCAGACGAAACUCUCGCUUCAUCUGAAUUGGUUCUUUCUGCAGUUACUCCACAUGAAGAAAAUCAGAAAGUGAGUACCUCAGAAGGGAUUUCGAGAAAUUUCUUCCAGAUUAUUCCGGAAAAGAGAGAUGUGAUGAGUUUCCUGAUGCGCUACAACAAUAAGGACAUUUCGCAGGAUUCUGAAGUCUUGGAAGAAUCCAAACAAACCAAAGGUUCUUUGAUAAGUCGAACUUUGAUUUUUGUGUACUGCCUUGGAAAAAUUUUGUUUCGAAUAUUAAAAAAGUACCUAACCAAAAUGUAUUACUUUUCGGAGCACUUUUUAGGUUAAAAAACACUUUUUCGCGUUUUAAAACAUGACUCGUUUCUCCAAUGAACAUGCCGCUAAAACCGAUGCGAAUUUUUUUUUUCAUGAUCCGAAAAAUGGUUAAAAACUGUCUUAAUUCUUUCCUAGAACUUUUAAACCUUCAAAACUCGGAUUUCGCUUCCUUUUUCAGAGAAACAUGUCAAAAUCGGCUUCGAUAAGAUGUCCCUUCAAGAACAAACGAAAUUUAUGCAGGAGCUCAAGGUUUUUUUUUUGUAAAUAUUCAUUUUCUCCACAGUUUAAAGGCGCAUUUACUACGGAGUCAUGAUAAAAUGAAAUUUUAAAAAAAUGAGUUUUAUAGUGGAUUCACGAAUGCGCCUUUAAACAGUCCUAUAGCAACAUUUUGAAGGUUUAUGUGAAUAUUUUUUAGGAAUUUCAAUGAAAAAUACCUUUUUUAGAAAUUUAGUCACUCUUUUUCCAACAUUUGGCUCCCAAUUUUCCGAAAAUUUUUAAGUUUUCAGUUUUUUUCUCCUGCUACUUUUUAGAAUUUUCCCCCUUUUUUCACUGAAAAUUUUCCAUUUUUAGCAAUUAACCGUGAUAAACAACACUGACAGCAAAGGACCAGAAGAUAUUAAGGUUAAUUUUCACAUAAAAAAAAAGUUAUCAACGUGUUAAAUUUGAUAGAAAGAGCUCGAGGAUUCGACUAGAAAAAAGGACCAGUCGAAAACGAAAAAUGUGAUCGAUGUGCUGUUCUCUCGCAACAGUCGCAAGUUCUCCUAUCCAAAAACGGUAAAUAUCUUUUUUUAAAAGACUUUAAUUUUUUCAAAACGGAAAAAUUUUAUUUGGAAGGAAAUUUAAGUUUUUAGACAUGAAACGUGAGUCAUAAACUUUGAUAUGGAUUUUCAAUUUUUUUGAAAAAAAUCUAGAAUAAAUUACUGAAAAAUUCUACCUAACGUCAUCAGUAUACAAAUUUUGCGUUACCGUGAAAAAUUUCAGGGUGCAAACUUUUUAAAUCGGAAGUUUUUGAAGUACUAAAAAUUGAACUUUUAUGGUGGAAAACGCCAGAGGGAAAAAAAUUCUCCGUCAAGAGUUCUUGAAAAAGAAGUUGAGAUUACUGUUUAUUGUAGCCCUAGAAGAUUAUUAUUAGAGCAGCUCAGAAAGCACUUUUUUUCACUUAGAAGUCCAACAAACAAAACUUAGAACUAUUAUUUUUGAGGUGAUUUUGCUAAAUAUGAGGAUUUAAAUAUUUCAUAGUCGUUAGGAAAAAUUGGGCUCUACGACGAUAUAUUGUGAUACAUGACUUUUACGGUGUCCUUUGCGCGCGACUUCCGUUUGAAAUCCCCAAGUAAAUUCAAAAAAAUGUAGUUUUGCGCGUAAAAGUCGCAGUAAUUUUAUUUUGUGACUUGAAAUUUUUUACAAAUUUGUUCUAACACUCUGUGGACGUCUAGAUGAAUAGUUGCUGCCUGCCCAAACUUCUAGUUUUUGAGAUAGUUAAUUUUGAAGUUUGAAAAGUUAGGCUUAAAAAGUUUUUUUUGCAACUUUGAAAAUCAAUAUCUCAAAAACUAGAAGUUUGGGCGGGUAGCGACUAUGAUGGAACUCUUAUUAGACCUUCUGAAAGUGUUUGAGGGAAUUUGUAGGAAAUUCCAAGUCGAAAAUAACAAUGACCUUCUAGUGGGGCUAAUUCUAUGUUAAACAAGAGCUUCAAAAAAUAAUAUCAUGAAAAAUAGAUGUUUAAGCAGGUAGCGAUUAUGAGAAAUCUUCUUCUAGACAUUUAGAGAGUGGUUGAGCAAAGUUGUAGGGAAUUCCAAACCAAAAAGUGGAAAGACAUCCUUUGUUAUAGCCCGUGUACCACGACUUGAAAUUUCACCGAACGACAUUCCGCUGUUCCGCCGGGCGCUUUGCGAAUCUCGGUCGCGCUUUCAAUUUUUUUUCUUUAAUUCAAAUACUCGCAGUGGAACAAUCCAUCUAUCAGCAAUAAAAAUAGUCUGGAAGGGUGACGUAGAUCCGCGAAGGCAAAGACGCUUCGCGACCGUACGCAGCGGAACGUCGUUCGGUGAAAUUUCAAGUCGUGCCACACAAGCUAUAGAACAAAAAAUUAAUAAAAAAAAAAUCGAUUAGAGAUUCCCGUUAAGGACAAAUCAAAAUCGCUGGGGAGCUCCCCAAACAAGGAAAACGGCGAUCUGAAAGCGGCGAUCACGAAGCUGGACUCGCAGGACAAGACCAAGUACGUGCUGGCGAUGGCCCAGGAGUACGAGCGGAAGAUGGCCGCCGCGGCGGCGAACAACGUCGCCGUCGUGAAGCCGUUCAAGAAGUCGCCGUCGCAGCUACAGCCGCUGCAGGUCUCGACCGUCUCGCUGCCGGCGACGUCGCUCGACUCGCCGUCGGCCUGGGAGGGCGAACUGCCGCCCCGCGAGUACAAUAAUCCCACCUUCUCUAGGAAAAUUUUCGUCGGUGGAGGUUUGUAUUGAAAUUUUCCUGGGAAUCACAGGAAUUUUCACAUUUUCUCUGUAGUGAAUCAUGAGAUUAGAGUGACAAAUGAAGUCUAGAAGAAGCUUUUCAAAGCGUUUUUUUGUAAAAAAAUUAAUUUUUUUGGUGGAGGGUUUUAACUAAUUUUUUUCUGGAAUCACAAGAAUUUUUCAUAUUUUUCUUUGUAGUGGAUCAGUGAGAAAUGAAGUCUAGAAGAAGAUUUUCAAGGCGUUUUUUUGUAGAAUUUAAUUUUCUUAGGUGGAAGUUUGUACUGGAUUUUUUUUAAACAGGAAUUUUCACAUUUUUCUUUGUAGUGGAUCAUGAGAUUUGAGUGAAAAAUGAAGUAUAAAAAAUUUUUUUUUGUAAAUCAAUUUUUUUAGGUGGAAGUUUGUACUGAAUUUUUCAGGAAAUCACAGAAUUUUUCAUAUUUUGUUUGUAGUGGAUCAGUGAGAAAUGAAGUAUAAGAGAAGCUUUUCAAAGGUUUUUUGUGAAAAUUAAAUUUUUUAGGUGAAGAUUUGUGCUAGAUUUUGAUUUUUCUCGCUUCUUUUAAAUCAUUGAGAAAUGGGAAGUUUAGGAAAAGCUAUUCAAAGCUGUCGGUACUCUUUGAGCGGGCUUUUUGCUAAUUCAAAAGAAAAACUGGGCAGUUUCUAGGAUGGGGUAAUUUCCCGAUGAAACUUUGCUCUCUUCAGAAAAAAAAAAACUCUUGAUUUUUGUCUUAUAUCUCAUUUAUGGAGCUUCAAAGAUUCCAAACUACACAAAUUUUAGAGAAAAGGCGUUAUUUGAUGCGUUUGAAGCGUAAUUACUUGAAAAAAAAGAGAGUGUGAGACUUUUUCAGUGUAUUUCAGCCACAUCUCAUGAAAAAAUACCCCAGGCUGAAAAAAGUUCCCUUGUUGAUUAUAAAUUUUCACUAGACUUGACCGUUGCCUUAAUACCCUUGUACAUCAGGAAAAAAAAACGGUUGGCCAGCCUAAAUUUAUCAGUUAAGAGAGCAUAGCGAAACUGGAGAGUCCAGACUCGUUCCCUCCAUUUUUACACGCUAUUUUUUUUAUGAAUUUGAAACUGAUCUAUGCGCCCCGGCCUGCCAUUUAUUUUUUGACUUGCGUCUCUCGUUUUUCUUUUGAGAACUCAAUUUCACGCUUUUUUGAACAUUAAAAAAAUUUGUAACCCAGCUCCAUAAUUACAAAGAGUUUUCUGGACGUUUUCCACGUUUCAGUGCCUUGGGACAUCACGGAGACGGCUUUGAAGAGCUCGUUCAGCGAGUUCGGCUCCUGCACAGUAGAAUGGCCGGGACAAGAGGCCCGAUAUGCUCGGGCGACAACUGUGCCAAAGGGAAAAGUUCGGGAUCAAAACGGACUUUUUGAUUUCCCGGUCGUUCAGGUGACCGGCUACGUCUACAUGAUAUUUGAAGACGAAAAAGCCGUCGCGGCUCUUCUCCGCGAAUGUUCGCAGGAGAUCGGCGGCGCCGGCGAAUGGUACUUUAAGAUCCGCGCACAGAGAACAAAGUCCACCGAGAUUCGACAGGUUUUGCUUGGAAAAAGGCUUUUUUUGAAGCUUAGGAAUUGAGAGUUUCAGGGUAAAAGUUCAAGAAAUGGGAGUUUCAGAAAAUAACAAAUUUUCAUCUCUGUUCGAGUUUUUCCAACCAAUGGGAGACCAUUUUUUCGUGUUUUUCAGUUGAAAUUUAUUUUUUCGUCACUGCUAUUGGACUGAGCCACUGAAAAAUGGUCCUGACACGAAAAAAAAAAGUAAGAGAUAGUGUAUGGUUAGUGGAGAGCGCAGACAGUGCCGGGAAUUUACUGUAGAAAAGUGCUGAAUUUAGUUAGGCUUUUUUUCAUUUUUUUUUUUUAAAUAAAAUUCAGAUAGGUUUCUAUUCGAAACCUUUUUUAUUGAGGUCAGAACUUUGGAAUUUCAAAAAGAUGAAUAAAAAAAAAUAGAUUUUUUUGUAUUUCGGGGCUUCUUGCAAAAAAGCCAUUUCUAAACAGUGGAAUACCAUUUUUUGUGUUUUUAGUUGAAAUUCAUUUUUGGGUUCUGUAUGGUCACUGCUGGAUUGAGGGACUUUAAAAUGGUCCUGACACGAAAAAAGAAAAAUAAGAGAUAGUGUUUGGUUAGCGGAGAGCGCAGACAGUGCCAGGAAUUGGCUAUAAAAAGUACCGAAUUUGGUUGGGCUUUUUUUCGUAAUAGGUCUUAUCUGGCUCAAAAAUUGAGGGUUUUCAGUUUUUAGAAGAAAAUUUGUGAAAAAAAAUUCGGCUUCUUGCAUAAACGCCAUUUCCAGCAAGUUAGAUGUGCAAUUUGCUCCCUCGUUUAAAAUUUUUGUUACGAUUUUUUGAGCCACUGAAUUAUGGUCCUGACACGAAAAAGCAAAUUAAGAAAUAGUGUCUGGUUAAUGGAGAACGCAGACACUGCCCCUGUGCCGAACUUGGUCAGGAUUUUAUUCGAAGCAAACUUACAGAAAUAGGCUUGAAAUCAAAAAACUUGCAGAAGACUUUUAUUUAGAUUUGAUUCAUGACAGUUGCUUCCAAAAGUUGCAGAUUGAAACUAAAAAUAUGGAUUUUAGGUGCAAAUAAUCCCGUGGGUCACUUGUGACUCUGAGUAUCUCAGGGACAUGGAAGUCUUCGCUAGAGGCAUUGAACCCAAAAAGAACGGUAAUUUUUGAAAUUUGUUAUUUUUUUCCCGGUGUAUAGUUAAUAUUUGAAUUAAAAAAACAGUUUACGAACGGAAAUUUUCGAUUUUUUUAACAUCUGAGACUAUUCAUUACCAAGAAAAAAAUUUGGCUUUCACAGAAUUUCAAAGAAAUUACAAGACGAUUUUUUUACGUUUAAAAAUUUUUUUUUGAGUUUGAAAAAUUCUCCCGCUUGUAACCUAAAUUCAUGGCCGAGACGAACAGUUAAAAAAAUUUUUUUAAUAAGAAGUUUAAGAAAUUUUUUUGAAAGCUCAAGAAAUUUUUUUGAAAGCUUGAAGGAACCAGCUCAUUACUUUUCACUUGAACUUGAUCUAAAAGAAAAAGAAAAGAAACUCUGAAGUUGAAUUUUUUUCCGAAAAACCGCUUUGCGCAAAGUAUCAGCGUUCCAGUCAGAAAUUUUAAUUAUUACGUUUUUUUUUUUCGAAAGAAACCCUGAAAAAGCUUUCAGUUAUAGAAAAAUUGUUGAAAAAGUGUUCAGGUUUUUGUAUGAGAUUGAAAUUCUUAAAAAAAACUAUUUUUUCGCAAAGUUGUCAAGUUUCAGCAUGAGAAUUAUAAUUAAAACUCGUUUUUCCGAUGAUAUUUUUUAUUUCAAUCAUAGUAAGGCCGCGAAAUGAGUAAAUGAAGUUACAUCAAAUGAUAUGGAACAAUUUUGUCUCUUACAAAUUUCUAGUAUGAAGAUCAGUCUUUCUUGAACUUUUUGGCGCCGUAUUUUCACUGAGAGCUGAAAUUUCACCUGUUUUGAAGUUCUCACGAAUUCUAGAAAAUUUGAGACCCAUGCAAGAAUAGAUAAGUCUUUCUUUUCGGAUCUGUAUCCCACGAAAAGUUCAGGUUUUCGUGGGGGCCUUGCACGGAAUGAUGACGGCCCAGGUCCUCCAUUCGAUAAUGGAAAAUAUGUUCGGCGAGGUGGAAUGUGUGAUGCUCGACACGGACAAGUACAAAUAUCCCAUUGGUUUGGAUUCCGUCGAAACAAUUCCCCUCAAGUGAUUUUCCUCCCAGGAAGUGGCCGCGUCACUUUCCAAUCCCAUAAAGCCUAUUUCAACGCGAUCGACGUCGGUUUCCUCGAAGUCCGCACCAGCAAAUUCAGUUGGUCUUUCGCGUUUGUAGUCUGGUCAGAUUUCGAAUGUCACAGUCCGUCCAGUUUUCGCGUGUCUGCGUCUCUCUGUUCCCUCACCGGCGAGGUCAGAGAAACAUAGAAAUGAGAGGGUUGUUGAGAGACGAGGAGGGCGCAGAGAAGUGAAAAACGGAGUAUACAAUGACGUCAUUAGAAAAGGCUCUCUGAUUGGUUCAUCGCGCUAUUAGGGGCGGAGCUUAAGCGGCUCGACAUUCAAAAUCUGAACAGACUUGAUUUUCACUCCAUACGGUUCUCUAUAAGUUUGACAUUCGAUUAUAAUUUUAUGGAUAAUUCUUUAAAACUUUUUUUUUUCAGAAAAACGCGUCCAAAUCGACCCGUUCCUGGAAGAAUCUACGUGUAUGCAAUGCAAUGGGCAAAUUGCCAAAUUCUUCUGCCGAGCUCGGAUUUGCUUCAAAUACUACUGUGAAUUGUGCUGGGCGGUGAGUUGAUCUCACCACAGAGAAAGCCGAAAAGUCCUCUUUCAAUUGAUUGAAAUGGCAAUGAACUUUUCACCUAUUUGACCUUUGCCCCAGCUCAUACUGUAGAAAUGACGUUUUAAUGCACAAUCGCGCUCUUUCGAGAUUUAUUCAUUCCGAUAUAAACUUUCCUCGGACCUUCUUAGGAACUCCAGAGUAUAGGGGCAACCUUAGGUUCCCCUCUAAGGACCACUUUCUGACCCUUAUAGGGCCCCCUAAAGCUUGCAACUGGUCGAUAAUUGUUAUAAACUCUAAUCAUGCGAAAAACUGAAUAAUUAAAAGUUUCUGGAGCGAAGUUGAAAGACCUCUAUAGGGAUCACUUGAGCUUUAGGAGCUUAGGAGUCAACUCUUAAAACCCUAUAGGGACCCCCUCAAUUUUACCUCUGUAGGGACCACUUUAGCGGUGCCAGGUUCUGAUUCCAAUCAUAUAGUCUGUUCUUUGCGACUUGAAGGGACUUAUCUGCGCUCUCCUAGUCUCUCCUAUUCACGUGCUAUUUCCAAGCUUUUCUGACCUUGCCGGUGAGGGAACAGAGGAACGCAGACACUCGAAAACUGUCAAGACCCAGAAAAUGACGAACUUUUUCAGGCCGACCACCACAGCGGACCGAACAAGGCCCACCUGCCCGUCUUCGUGCCGACCUCGGUUCUGAAAUCGGCGUCGCCGGUCAACUCGAAGCACUCGACGAGCGCCAACGCGUCGCCAGUCAAGUACGGACCCUGCGGGGACGACUUCUCGCUCGGCCAAUCGCCAAUGGCCCCAUCGACCGGCUCUCAGUUCUACGGCUACAUGCCGACUAUGCAACAGCCAAUCGUGUGUUUUGAUACGAAUCGGAGUAUUUAGCUUAAUAAUAAUAAUAAUAGUUUUUUCACUGCCAUAAAAAAAAAAUUUAGCUUCUUCUAGGGUUCCUGAGAAAGGCUGAUAAAUCUAUGUGCUCCCAGCUUCUAAUAAAACUUCCUUUUUCGUAGUUUUCGAUGAGAAUUUGAAUAUUUAGUUCUUUUACUCAUAUUCUUUCGGGAAAUCGAUUAAGUCAUGCUCCACGGCCCAACUUACUGGUUCUCGGACGUGUCGGGGCAUUUUAGUAACUAGUUUAGCAGCCUCAGCACUCUUAAGUGAUCCCUAGAGACGUCCAGAAACGUCUGGAGCACGUCCGCUUUGCGUUACCAAUGUCCGAGUUGAAUCUGAACAUUUUUCAACUCUGGAAUUAUUUUUUUUUGGAGCGAAGAGAAGGAUUUUCAUUUUCAUCAUAGAAUAGCUAGGAAGAUUCUACAAGAUUUUUCAAAAUGAAUUGAAAAUUUCGACAGAAUGGAAAAAAAAUGGUUAUGCGUAGGUUUGGAGUUGAUCAAAAAUGUCAUAUUCCGUUAUUUUUGAAUUUUUUUUUUUCUCAGAAGUUUAUCCAGAGAUCCUCCAAAGUCGCUAUUAAUUUAAACUACCAGUUUUGCAGUUUUUGUUCAUGAAGACUUCGACACAGUAAGCCUGUAAUAAUCCAUAAUUUUCAAUUUUUAUCUUCAAACUGGAGCUUCAGUUAGACCAAUAAUGAGAAGAUUUUUCGGGCAAAUUUCUAGGAUUUUCCAAGCUUCAUGUUGAAAUGAACUUACCGGGUGACAGAUUUCAAUAAAAUGGAUUGCUUUGAGAUGCCGCCGAUGGGCCGAAUCUCGCCGGCCAUGUCUCCCCAAACUCGCAACUCGGUCUCUUCGGCAAGCGGCUUCUCGGCGUCGUCCUCUUCGCCCCGUCCGGAUCUGUAUCCCCACAGCUUCGGACCCUACAACGGAUCGAUGUCUCCACCGGAGAAGUCUCAUCGGACUUUCAGCGGUUUGGAGUUUCUACUGAUCUGAAGGAGUCGUGCUGAAAAAGGCUUUGGUGGGGGACCUUUAAGCUUCGAAGUUUAUGAAAAAUUUUCUCAGAAUGAUACGUCAGCUGGAUCCCAAAAUUUCAAAAAGUUCUCGAGUUUCAAUAAAAGUCUUCUGUAUAAUAUUCCGGAAAAGGCCAUCUGAAAUCUUCAGGAAAAAAUGGUUUUGUUCAUAUAGUGAUCCCAAGGUUUUUUUGUAGAUUUUCUAAGGAAUUUUUGGCAUUUUCUUCAAGGUCACAAGGCUGUUUUCUAGCUCUUGAAACUCAAAAUGUUCAGAUUUUCCAGCUUCCAAAAACAUGUUGUUAAUUUUCCGAGACUUCCUGAGAAGCUUUUGUCUUUUUGGACCUUUUUUUGGAUCUCUGAAAAAUAAAAAUACAAAAAUCCAAGCUGAUUGAAAAGCUAAUAACAUAACUUUUUUUCGCGGCUAAUAAAUUCCAAAUACUGUUCGAAAAAAAUAAAUAAAACUUUGCUUGUCUCGCCAUAAAUAAGUUUUGCUUUUCGAAUAUUUGGUCCCUCAAAAAUUUUUCAAGUCUGAGGAAUUGAAGAGACGCCAGACAACGAGAGUGUCGCGUCUCUUCAGCCGCCUUUGAUCUCUCGCUUCAAAAUUUUGAGAGACUAUCUAGAGCCGAACGGAAAAGCUUUUCAAAAAAUUUUAAAAAAAAAUUUUUAUGGAUUCCCUAAAGAUUUUUUUAUUUCACUUCUGCGUUUUUUUUCGAUUUUUCAAUAGAGAGGUGCCGGAAGCAACUUCCAAGGGAUUCAAAAAGGAGCUCAAAAGACUUGUCCUAUAACUUUUUUUAGCUCAAGUGGAAUCUUUUCAGUUCCUUCUGAGGGUCUUUCAAGGAGCUUUUCCGCUUAACCUGUAAAUUUACCUGCGCUUGACACGACGCCUUUCCGAUUUCUUGAAAAAAGUUUGAUAGGAAGGUCUUGCAGGCUCUUCCAAGUCGGACAUCAUGUCCCCAGGCGCGAGUCCCUUCUUCGGCAGCUACCCGCCGUCCCACUACCCGACGACGUCCUACUGCGGCGGCUACUAUUAUCCGUACUCGGGCCAGCCGUCGUUCUACUUUGACUACGGCAAGAACUUCUCGACGCGUCAGUCCUACGCCCAAAACUCGCAAAACUUUGUCUAUUGCGAGCCGAAUCAGCAGCCCUACGCUCCUUAUUAG